AUGGUGGAGGAAAAGUUUACUGACAGGAUGAAGAUGGUGCCAUGGAUGCAUGCCACAGUGGGCAGGGAUGGUGUGGAUCUAUUGCUAAAGUCUCAAUUACCAAAAAGCUCUGUGUUUCUUGUCCACUGGGUGCUCAAUCCUCCAGACAGAAGACAAACUCAAAGUGAAAGAAGAGCUGCUCAACUAACUUCACCACAACCUCAGGCACAUACACAGGGAGAAACUCUUAUGGCUUAUCCACAGACUCUAUCUGAGUUUGCUCUUGGAAAGGACCUUAUGCAACAUGUUGAUGCAUAUUUCAGGAGGACAGCAAUAGACUCUAUUCUGAAAAUAGUAAUAGUAAGAGAUAUUUCAUACAUCAUCAUUGUAAUGCUGUGGUCACCCAGCAUCAAUAGUGGAGAGAAUAAAGAGUUAACUCAGUUUUUCACUCAAAAGCCUAAGACAGUAGUUCAAACCAAUGUCAAUUACUCACUAAAAGCACCUAAUACUAAUGAGAAAGAAAAGACAGAAACCGAAUUCUCCAUUGUGGGAGAUUAUGUCUACGAAAAUUUACGAAGAAGAAACGCAUACGAUUCUGAUGCCGAACUGGCAUUGCUGUAG